AAAAACCCAUAGGAACAUGGCGAAUUCUCUUCCAGGUUUUUGGACUACAAGCUGAACAGCUCUUUUGAUGAACUCAGUUGUAAAAUGGAUCGCUUUUGACUGAAGGCCAGUGAUUGGCUUAUGGUCAGUGAUAUGGAAAUAAGCAAUACAGUAUAUUGACUUCUAAAGGCAGUUUUUGUAUUGUCUAAUCAAUGCUUUACUUGCCUGCCAGAAUAAUGUAAUGCAUUAUCUAAAUUAUUAUGUUUUUUAUGUAGGCCUAUUAUAUUUUAAAUUAUUUUGAUUAAUAAUACUGUUUAUGGAAUUAUCUUUAUUUGGGUGUCUUAAUAUUAUUAAUAUUGUUUUUAUUAUAGUUUGCCAUAGUCAUAAUGCUGUUUUCCUUAUUAUGUAACCACCAUGCAUUGUGCAGAAUAAGCCUUUAGUACAACUAUAAGAGCAGGUAAACAUUUUAUUUUUUAGCCCAUUGUUUUAUUUUCCAUUUUCUUUCAUGCAAUAGUGAUAUUCUCAAGGCCGAUCGAGAUGCUAUCCCUUUAAGAUUACCAGUGCAAUUAAAGCUUUAGCUCUAGAAAAAAAAAUAAAGAGCACAAACAUGGCAUUUCCUACUGAGUCUGAUCACAUGAUCAUUCACUGAAGUCACAUGCACAACAGUCAUUUAUCAUUUAACUCAAGAUGAUGUUUGGGAGGAGUUUACGUGUGGGUAGCAAAGUAUGUUUUCUUUCUGUUUCAAUAGUUAUUGAAAAUAUAUAGCCACAAGAUAAACAGGUUAAGAAAAAGGAUCCUGGGUUAAAUAGUCUGAACUGAACUAACUAAACCAUGGAGGAGGAUUUCCCUUUCAACAAUACUUUAUUUGAUUACUUGUUGACUUUGUUGGGAUUGUUUCUUUAUCUGCUGGAUGUAUGUCUGGACAUUUGGACUGUUGUAUCAUUCUAUCAGGAAGGGGACUAUGGGUAUUUGUCAGUGUUGAUCUUUCUGCUGCUGGGCUCUUCGGUGUUGUUACAGGUGUUCAGCUGGCUCUGGUACUCUGAUGCCUUGGAUAAGCUUGAGACUGGUGUGGAAAAAUUUGUAAACAGGCAUAAAUUAAUCAAACCAGUCCAUGUCCUACAACUUGGAGUCUACUUCAGGUAUGCAGGGGUGGUGGAGAUUUCGACAUACAGCUUUCGUCGACAAACUGAUCGUUUCUCAGAAGGUGUGGCUGUAUUCCUGAACCAUGAUCUUCAGAUGCUUCGACUAAUAGAGACGUUUUCCGAAAGUGCCCCACAACUCACACUUAUGAUCUCUAUAAUCGCACACAGAGGAAAGCUGGAGCUCAUUACAGGAUUAAAAAUCCUCGCAUCAGCUGCUGCAAUUGCCAGUAAUAUUGUCACGUACCACCGCUGCAUGCGCGCAUUUCUUCCUGAACGAUGCCAGCUGGGAUGGACCUCCUCUUUUGUCUAUUUCCUGUGGAACUUGUUGCUGAUCAUUCCACGUGUAACUGCUCUAGCACUCUUCUUCUCUGUACUGCCCUGUUACAUCAUUGCCCACUUCCUGUCUGUGUGGAUGCUGCUGGUUUUGGGGGCUUGGAGCCAGAAAACAGACUUCAUGGAAAAUCGGUAUUGGGAAUGGCUGUACAGAGCAACAGUUGGACUCAUCUGGUACUUCAGCUGGUUUAAUGUAGCCAAAGGAAGAACCAAGGUAAAGAGUAUUGUCUAUUAUUUCAUCAUGGGGCUGGACACAAUGGUGUUGAUGGGCUUGUGGUGCUGGAUGGCAGUAGAGCAAGCGGGCUGUUUGAAGACCUUUGAUCCAUAUAUAGUGAUCCCUGUACUACUAAGUUUGUACAUUUUUGGAAUUGGACUGAGAAUGGUAUACUACAGAUGGCUCCAUCCAAACUGUCUUGAACCGGAAAUAGCUGAGCCACAUGAACUUGAGGAUAUGGGCCGAGAAGCAGCAUGUUAUGUGGUGGAAGAAUCAUCUCAAGAUAUUUUACCUGAACCUCCACCUCCAGCACAACCAAUCACUGGAGUUCACAAGAGAAAGAGGACUAUGGCUGUCAAUUUCUACUCAUAGUUCCUGUUUUAACUUUAGAAAGACUGUUUUUACUUUUUCUCUCACUAAUCCUGUCAUUAUUUAACACAAGUUUUAUUUAUUAAAAAAAUAAUUUAUAAUUGUAGAGUAUUAUAGUUUUUGUUUUUGUUGCACAGGAUAUUAUGGUUAAUUUCUUUGCUUUGUUUUGCACAAAAUAUGAAUCUUUUGCUACAUUGCAUCUAAGAUGACCAUUUGUACAUGAUAUUGAUAGACACAGGUUUUCUUUUAAUGUUUAAUCACUACAUGCAACAGACAUGCUUAUACACUGUAAAAAAAUCUUGUUUCAACUUAAAAAAAGAUGAGUUUGCAUUGCUUUAAAAUUUUAAGCUGCCAGUUUAAAAGUUUUAAAACAGAACAUGAAGUUGACUUUAAUCAAUAGAACAUUAAGUUCAAUGAGCUUAAUCUCUUUUUAAGUAAACUUGACUUUCUUAGUUUAAUCAACUUAAUUCUAAUUCAAUUUAAACUUAAUAUAAAAGUUUAAUAACUUAUAAUAUCACUUAAUAUUAUUGAUACCCAUAUAAGUUAUUAGGGCUAUCCUAUUGUCGGAGGUAAAAUAAAUUAACAAUCGAUGAUCAGAGACCAAAUUCUGAUCCUCUAAAAUAUUCAGACUUAAGCUAGUCUAAGAGACAUGCAUGGGCCUUAAUACUUUUCACACAAAUCACAAUGAUGGUGACAAUCAUCAAACACAUGAGAGCCAUAACUAAUUGAAGGGUUGAUCCGUAAGUAAUUGAUUCUGUAUGGCCCAAUUUGUACAAUUUUGUAAAACAACAUUUUCAGACAUUUUCAUUAAUAUUUUUCAAACUCUUAUGUGAUGCAUUGUGUAGUUCCAUUAAUACUAAUUAUACAGGCAUGUUUUGGAUUUAUGUAGCAAAGCACAGAAAUAGAGACAGCUAAAGAACAAAAUACUUGAGUAACAGUUAUUUAAAAUAAUAUCAAUAUGCCCAUUUAAACUCAAAUUUACCAUUAACAUUUACUCUUGCAAAUAUUUGUGUGGAUAUACACAGUCUACAUCGUCCUUAGAAUAUAAGAAUACAAAUCUAAAUUGCAUCCCCAAUGAUUAAUCUGAACUAGUGAUAUAACAGAUUGCAAUAUUUAACAUGAGCAUUGACUUCCAUGCAUAGCAAUGAAAGAUGAAAUCUUGCACAAGCACUGGAAAUUCCAUGUAAAUAUAACAACAUUAGCAAACAAACACAUGAAGACCACACCCACUGCAUGUGGUCUUGAGUCCCAGAACUGAUGUAAUAUCAGUUAUAAUAAGUAUUCCAUGCCAUGAAAAUCCAGACGACAAAGUGAAAGCAAGACAAAGCAAUGCAAAUAUCCUAAUGAGUGAACCCCAAGAAACCUGUCAAGAACAAAUCUGGUUAUAUUUCACCCCAAAAUCAAAAGACAAAAAUAAAUUAUAUAUAUAUAUAUAUAUAUAUAAUGAAGCCUAUUUUAGGACCAUUAAGAUUUUUUUGCAUUGUGACAUUUUCAUUUUAAUAAAACACAUUCACCAAUCAAUUCCCGUUACCGUAAUGUAAUUUGGACGUUUUAAUAUUUUAUAAUUCCUAUUAUUUUCAAAAAUGUACUGUAAGACAACAGUUUUUAAAUCAAAGGCAGUACAACAAACUCUACCAAGAUCUGUCAAGAAAUUGUCCUGGCCCAACUUACUCCAAAAUAAAAAGAAACAAUUAAGAAAUUAUAUUUUGCAUACAGAAAAUGAAAGUUAUUUGUAGGCCUAUUAAGAUUUUUUUUACAUUGUGUCAUUGCUUUCAUGACAAUUACGUACAUUUUACCCCCAAUUCUCAUUAUUGCAAUGUGAAAAAUGAUGGUCUUUAUUGUAUUCUCAUUACUGCAACCUAAAAACGAUAUAUUAUUUAAACUGUAAAGUAUUUACACAUCAUAGUAGUUCUCCCUUGGUAUUGGCUUUGAUUUUAAUAUAAAAAUAAAUAAAAAAAAAUUUUUUUUUACUGUAAUAUAUAUAUAUAAAAUUUCAUGAGAAUUACCAGUUUAAAUACUUUACAAUAAAAAAAAAGGAUAAAUUGCAUUACAGCAAUGAGAAGGGGGAGAAUGUGCUUAGAUUCAUCCCAUUAUGAGCCAGAGAGAAACAAGCAAAGCAGUUGAGCCAGCCUCAAAGUGUUUAUUGAAAUUAUGCAAAACCAAGAACAUAAACAGUGUAGGUACUGGCAUUUGCAGAAAUCAUCCAGUAACAGUUCGAAUACGGCAGAAAUUUCUCCUACUGUCCUAAAAGCUUCAACAAACAUGUUCACUGGCUACAAGAGCUGAUAGAUGCCUUGAUUGUCUAUGCAUUAGUAAUAAAUCCCAAUGUCUCAUGAUGAUACAAUUAUAUGGCAACUAAUUGUAGUUAGACAGUAUACAGGGACCAGGUCAUUUUUCCUGAAAAAUGCAUGAAACAACUGAUAAAGUAGGACAUAGAAAAAAGCACCAGAAGAGUAGAGCUGUUUUCAUGAGUCAAGUGAAAGAAUAACAGGAUUUGAUUGGCAGGAAAUGAAAGAGUCUGUGAUGUCAUAAUACAGUCAUUUAUGAAAAGACACAAGAGAGAACAUUAGAAGUCAGCAUACAUCAAAAGCACCAAACUAGAAGAAAAUUACACAAAACGGCACUGGGCUAUGACUUAAAGUUAACACUUCACCAGAAAACAAACAAAAAUACAAACAUAUGUUCGUCUUAUUUCAGUAAUUCCCUGUAAGGUAAUACAUUUACUGAAUGGUGAUUAUAUUUAAAAAGGCACAAUAUAAAUAUGUACAAGAAAAGAAAUGCACACACAGUCACGCACACACAAAUGAAGAGUACACAUUCUUAAUUGUCAAAGCUGCUUGCGUAAAAUGCUUUUUCUUCAGGCUCAGUAUUGUUCAGUCAAAAUCUCACAGCGGCCAGGAAUAUUACCCAUUCUGCUCGCAAAACUACCAAACAACACACAAUAAAAUGAUUCGAAUCACUGACCAGAAAUGUAUUGCACAUUAUCAAAACAGUUUUCUCCCAAAUUUGUUAAAAUUUAAGAAAAUAUCACAGGCUGGGGCCCCAAAGCGUCAAUUUCACAGCUAAUUUUGGACGUAGCCAAAGUGAGAGGCAAGAGGUCAUUUUAUAGAAAGCCUCAAAAUUCAAUAGUCAUUUAUCCUUUAAAGGAAUAGUUCACCCAAAAAUGAAAAUUCUCUCAUCAUUUACUCACCCUCAUGCCAUCUCAGAUGUGUAUGACUUACUUUCAUCUGCUGAACACAAAAUAAGAUUUUUAGAAGAAUAUUUCAGCUCUGUAUGUUCAUACAAUUCAAGUGAAUGGUGAUCGGGCCUUUGAAGCUCCAAAAAGGAGAUAAAGUCAGCAUAAAAGUAAUCCACAUGGCUCCAGUUGUUUAUUCCAUGUCUUAAGAAGCAAUCCAAACGUUUUUGGGUGUGAACAGACCAAAAUAUAACAGUUUUCACAAAAAAUCGUGACAUUAGCAGUGUCCUUAGUGAUCAUGGUUUCAAGCUCAAUUUCACUUCCUAUAGCACCAUCUAGCACUAGGAAGUGUAAUCGAGUUUGAAAUCAUGAUCGUGCCUAGAGACGAGAAAGAUGUACAGUGAAAAAGGUGUUAUAUUUUGGUCCGUUCUCACCCAAAACCAACUGAAUUCUUUCAGAAGACAUUGAUUAAACCACUGGAGUCUGAUGGAUUACUUUUAUGCUGCCUUUAUGUGCUUUUUGGAGCUUCAAAGUUUUGAUCACCAUUCACUUGCAUUAUAUGGACCUACAGAGCUGAAAUAUUCAUCAAAAAAUCUUUGUGUUCUUCAGAAGAAAGAAAGUCUGGGAUGAAAUGAGGGUGAGCAAAUGAGAAUUUUCCUUUUUGGGUGAACUAUCCCUUUAAUUCAAGGGGGAAAAGGGUAACUGAAUGUGGUUAGUUCAUGUGGCUCAUAAUUGCUUUACACAUGAGCUGAGGCUUUUUACAAAAAAACAGCCACAAAUCACAUCUACAGAGACCUACAUUUUUUUAAGGUUGUUCUCUGCUCUCCCCCCUUCGAAAGGACACUUUAAAGUUUAUCUAAAAGGCCAAAAAGAAAAAUUCUGUCAUUUGCUCACCUUUAAGUCAUUUCAAACCCAUUACGACUUUUUUAUUCUGUGAAAAAGUGCUUGAUUUGAGCUCCAAAAAGGACAAAAAAAGCACCUUAAAUCGUUGUUCAUAGAAUCUUUCUCUUCGCUGUAGCUCUCAAAUCUCAUUUGCAUUUGUGUCCAUUAAAAAAAUGAUGUGUAAAGACACAUUGCACAAAGUCAAAUCUCACUGGUUCUCACAUGUCUUGUAACUGCUUGGGACAAAACAUAUUUGAAUAUGCAGGUGAUUGAGAUCAACAGAGAAAAGGAAGACUAACAGUGAAUAAUGACUACGACUUCAGUAUGUUCCUACAGAAAAAUAUCAUAUGGUUUCAGAAGACUUUGAAUAUCCUCAUACGGACUACUUUUAUGGUGACCAGGAAGAAAGUCAUAUGGAUUUGAAACAACAUUAAGGCGAAGAAACAAUUUCUGGAUUAACUAUUUCUUCAAGAUACUAAAGGGAGAUAAUGAGCAAAAAAUAAAUAUGGUUAUAUCACUGGACAUUUUCAGUCAGAAAUGUUUAACUUUGCCCAAUAAAAAAAAAAAAAAAAAAGAAGCAGAUUAAGUCUUCAAGAAAAAAUGCAUGCAGUUUAGGAAAAA